AUGGCCAUCAUUCAGUGGUACCAGGCCUGCAUGACCACACUGGUGCUCAUGGUAGAACCUUUGCAGGAAACAUGUUCCUAUCCCAAUUUCUUUCUGCUUGUUGUAGGUGAACUGCUCCUGCUUUCAAGUGUGAUUAUCCUGCUCCAGGUGGUAUGCGGCUGCCCAGAGAAGUGCCGCUGUCACUCAUCUUCAAAUUCUGUAGACUGCAGCCAGCAGGGGCUGGCUGAAAUCCCUUCUGAUUUGCCUCCUCAGACUCAAACGCUGCACUUACAAGAUAACCAGAUACACCAGCUUCCUGCUUUUGCAUUUAGGUCAGUGCCACAGCUCACGACCUUGAACUUGUGCAACAAUUCCCUUUCAGAUCUGGCCCCCGGAGCAUUCAAUGGACUUCAGCACUUGCAGGUCUUAAAUCUAACCCAGAACUCCCUGCAUUCCCUGGAAAGCAGGCUUUUCCAUUCCCUCCCACAGCUGAGGGAGCUCGAUUUGUCAUCAAACAACAUAAGCCACCUUCCCACAUCCCUGGGCGAGCCUUGGGAGAACCUAAGCGUAUUUGCAGUUCAACAAAACCAGCUUCAGCAGCUUGAUCGAGUGCUCCUGGAAUCCAUGCCCAGUGUGAGGCUUUUACUUCUCAAGGACAACCUCUGGCAAUGCAAUUGCCACUUGCUGGGCCUUAAACUCUGGCUGGAGAAAUUUAUCUAUAAAGGGGGAAUAACGGAUGGUGUCAUCUGUGCGUCACCAGACACCUGGAAAGGAAAGGACCUCCUGAAAAUCCCUCACGAGCUGUACCAGCCUUGCCCUUUUCCUUCUCCAGAUCGGGAGUCCUCGAUGGUGCAGCAGCCAGGUUCUGCCCACCGGGCCGUCCCGAGGCCUCCUGAGAGCCAUAGCGCAGAGUGUGAGCUCAAACCCAAGCCGAGGCCAGCCAAUCUGCGUCACGCCAUGGCCACUGUCAUCAUCACUGGGAUUGUGUGCGGGGUCGUGUGUCUCAUGAUGUUGGCGGCUGCCAUCUACGGCUGCACCUAUGCAGCUAUUACAGCCAAAUACCCUGGGGGACCCUUGGCUCAAACUGAUAAGCCUGUGAAGAUAGAAGGGAAAGAGCUGUUUGACAGCUCACCAGCCUGAGAGCUUUCAUCUCAAAUAGCAACAAUCAUUUUA